CACCUCUAAACAAGUUUGAGAACCGUGGUUACAUUUUACUCAAAAUCUAAUAACUUUAUCUAUACCUGUCUAUUAACAAAAGGCAAGGAGGGGCAUCAGGACAGGACAUCGACGGAAUGUCUCCGCUAUAUCGCGCUAUCUUCUUGGCAGAGGGAGACGCCCCUCAGAUGAUUAGCAAUGCCCGUGAUGAUGAUCAGUCAAAUUGUGGACCAAAUGGACAAAAUGUGCUACACGUCGCAGCUCUUCGGAGUAAAGAUCUUACCCAAAAGGUUCUAAAGACGUGGGACGAUCUGAGGAAUGGAGCUGAUGGAAGUAGAAGUACACCUCUUCACUAUGCAGCAUCAGUUGGAGUUAAGGGUAUAACAGAGCUCCUGCUUAAGGCAGACACCACCGGCGACAUGAAGGCGGCGGCGGACAGCCAUGGGAUGCGCCCCAUACACGUAGCUGCUUCCGUUGGCGCAAUGGACGCAUUACUCGCAUUGGUCCAUGGGAACGAGGACGACUCAUCUGCCACUCUACUUGUACGUGACAACAGGGGUAGGACAUUUCUUCAUGUCGCCGUUGAGAACAAGAAGACAGAAGUAGUCAAGUUCGUGUGCCGAGAACCCACGUUCAAGGAUUACGUUGUCAGGUUGGUAGCCGGCGGAGAACGGAGACCGACGUUCAGGAACAUUCUUAACAUGAAGGACGAUGACGGGAAUACUGCGCUACAUCUGGCAGUGAAGAACAGAGACGAGAACAGUUUCAGACAUCUCGUGGGGAACAUGCAUGUGGAGCUCAACCGUGUCAACAAUGAUGGCUACACACCACUCGAUCUUGCAAGCAAGAUAGUAAACACAGAGAACUCUUUCGCCUCUCGCCACCAGGAGAAUCCGACGGAAUGGAUGAUCAGAGUACUGGCUCACUCUGGAGCUUACUUCAGUGCCCGCAGACGUGACCUGAAAUUCGGAGUAACACAAAAUGAUCAAGAACCAGGCUUGGCUCCGUCAAUGCAAACCAAGGAAGUAGACCAGGCUCUAGCUACAGAAAGUGUGCUGGUUGCGUCGGCGUUGAUCGCGACGCUGACAUUCGCGGCGGCGUUCACCGUGCCGGGGUCGUACAAGACGGACGGCGACCCCAGGGCCGGGACGCCGGCGCUGGGCGGCCACUACGGCUUCAAGGUGUUCAUCGUCGCCGACAUGCUCGCCUUCUUCUGCUCCGUGGCGGCGACCUUCAGCCUGGCCGAGUACGCGAACCGCGCCGGCGUGGACCCGCUCGUCCGCGCCGUCUACGCGCAGCGCGCCGUGCGGCUCUUCCACGUCGCGCUCCGGAGCGUCAUCGUUGCCUUCGCGCUGGGCGUCAGCGUGGUGAUGUGGGACAUCUCCGUCGUCACCACCGUCAUCGUCGGCGUCGCCACCUCCGCUCUCGUGCUCUACGGGAACGAAGCGCUCGCCCACGACAUCAGGCUUGUGCGGAUCAUGUACCGCAGGUUUGGCUUCCUGUGUUCGGGGACCCUGCACCCGUCGACGAGCUCUCAUCUGGAUUGGAACACCUGGCGGCUCAGAAGCUUCUACGCGACACUCGUCCAGAACAUUGUCAAGCUUAUCUGGACCUAUGGCUUCAUAUUCCUGGUUGCUUACAUCGCCCAACUGAAGCAGAAAGAUGGGAUCUAAUCCAUAAUUCAUGUUAAAAAAGCACGGUCUUAGUUUUGCAAACCAUUGCGUGUUAUGAUGGUUUGCAAAGCUAACAUGGUCUUAGAAAUGAAAAUGAGAUGAUUAUAGGGACGCUGUAGUUACUACUGUCCUCAUUUUCAAAGGUCUUGUGUUUC